ACCCCAAAAGAUUUUAAAGAUUUGGUCCCGAAGAAAAGAGGGGAGUGAGACGUCUGACUGAGGCUCUGAUACGCUUCCCUUAGAAGAUAACUUGUUGUUGGAACAAUUAAGAGGAAGUUUGCUAUUUAACACCUUCUUGGGUCCCUUAUUUGACUCCCUGGGAUCAUUAGACUCCCUCUUACAGUUGUAUUAGAGCUAGCAUCGUGUGGUUUGGUAGGGUAAGCAUGUUUUCUCAAACGAUCUUCGCGGAUCCGCCCAGGAAGUGAAGAGAGAGCAGCGAGCAGAGACACAGCAGAGCUAGAAGUAAACCGUCUGUUACGACUUGCCAGAAAGUUUUGAAUUCAGUAGUUUUAAAUACGUAGUCCUUUUUUCCUGCUUGGUCGUUCAUAUGCACUUUGUCCUUAAGAUCGGAUAAAGACUCUUCUAUCAUGGACGUCUGCGGUUUGCUUGAUUAGUUUAAUAUGGGGAUGAAUGGCGGGGUUUUACCUCUUUUCGCAUAACUGCAAUGCGAAAGAAAGUGAAGUUUUUACCCGAUUUUUUUGCCAAAUUGAGUCGUGACACUCGCAGUUAAAAGAUUUUUCAUUAGGGGAGGUAACGGUACUUUUCUAUUGUCUUUUUUUACAUCUCCCUGGAUCCUGUUGACAUGACGCCCGACCUCCUGAACUUUAAGAAGGGCUGGAUGUCCAAGCUGGACGAGAGCGGAGAGUGGAAGAAGCACUGGUUUGUUUUGACAGAUGCAGGACUCAAGUACUACAGAGACUCCAGUGCAGAGGAGAAAGACGACCUGGAUGGGGAGAUUGAUCUUAAAUCUUGUGUGAAGGUAUCUGAGUUUGAUGUGGAGAAGAACUAUGGCUUUCAGAUCCAGACACGAGAAGCUGCAUUCACAUUGUCGGCCAUGACGGCAGGGAUCAGGAGGAAUUGGAUAGAGGUUUUAAAGAAAUGCGUCCGCCCCAGCAGCUCUCCAGACCUCACACAAUUACCUGACAGCAGCAGUGACAAAGAAAACUCCCACUCUCGCUUCCUCCCGUCAUCUCGUCGCUUCCCGUCGCGUCAUGCAGACAUUCUGCCAGAACCUCCAGCCUCCGCUCCUCCCACACAGCGUAGAUUUGAAUACGUCGAGCUGUCUCCUGUCCCUGUGUCUUCUGGCUCCCUCCCGACCAAUCAGAGAGAAGCAGGAGAGGGGCAGGGGAGGGAGCACAGCCAGUGGCAGGAGGAGAGGAACACCAGCAGCCAGUGGGAGGCUGUGCUUUCCAGAAAAGGGACAAGCGGGGGAUCGAACCAAAGGCUACGCACAGAGGACGAAAUAGAGAAAAAAUGGGCAGAGUUUGAACGUAUGCCGUUAAAGGAGAUGAGCUCUUUACCACCAAUGGGAUCACGGUCUUUGAGCCAGUCAGCCAAUGAGGCGCUGCAGAGGGAGGUGGCGUCACUAAGGCAGCAGCUGGAGCAACUAAAGGGAGGUGGGGUAGGGGGAGGGGGAGGGGGUGUGAGGGGUGGUUGCGGCCCUGAGGCUCCCUGCGGUCGCAGCCUGGCAGCGAUGGAGCGUGCUCAUCGACAGGCUUUGGAGGAGCUGCAGAGGCAGCAUGAACGUCAGAUCAGGGAGAUGGAGACAGAGAAGGAGAGGCUGCUGCUGGAGGAGACGCAAGACAUCGCACGAGUGAUGGAGGCUUUGAAGAAGAAACACAAAGAGGAACUGGAGAGAGAGGUGGAGAAGGCCAAGAGGCUAAACAGUGGGACACUAGAUUCACAGAGUUUGAGAGUCCAACAAAAGGCAGAGUCUCAGGCAUUGCAGAGAGAGCUGGCCAGUCUUUCAGAGCGAUACUCUCAAAAGUGUUUGGACUUAAAUCGAGCGGAGCAGAACAAUGCAGAGAGAGAGAGGGAGAUCAGCCGCAAGGAGAGAGACAUGGAGCAGCUGAGGAAAGAGAACCAGGACUUGAAGACUAGACUGACUGAGGAAAUCAGCCGAAUGCGUUCUACAGAUCAGAACUCAGAGGACAACAAAGACAGAGCACCCUGUGAACUUGAGGUCCUUCUCAGGGUGAAAGAGAACGAGAUCGAGUACUUACACAAAGAGAUCAGCUGUCUGAGGAAUGAGCUGCAGUUUCUUAACACGGAGAAGAGGGUGGCCAGUGAACGUUACUCAGAGAUGCAGGACGAGCUUAGCGGGAUCAAAGGCCGAAGUGAGAGAGAGAUCCAGAGUCUGAAGGAGCACCUGAGGCUCGCCAUGGCCGCUCUGCAAGAAGGUCAGAAACUGGGGAACAGCCUGGACCACUGAAAAGCUGCUGCUGGUAACAAACAGGUGUGUUUGCAGCGUGGUGACUGAUUCAAAGAGGUCCACAGAAAAUCAGAGAUGAUGGUUCCGUUUAGUGUCUGUUGAGACCAUAAAUAGUGCCUUUAGUUUUCAAUCAUUCUGCCAACGAGCAGCGUAGAGUAGCUGAUCAGCUGGUUUCAACAAAGUGGGCCACACGUUAUAUAAAACUGCACUUUUAUUACAGCUCAGUAUGAGUGUGCAUUUGGUCUGAAAACUGGAAUAUUUGUAGAGUGACAUUUCUUUUUUAAUCAGGUAUUGUAUAUAAAGAGUUCCUGCAUUAUCUUUUGUUGUUGGAUAAUUGUUUCUGUGUUUGUGCCUGAGACAUCAGAGGUCCAUGGUUACAGCUGAGCUACUGUCAUCUCAUUUUUUAUCCUGUACAGUUUUUGUUUACUCUGAUAAGGGUACACGUUUCUGUAGAAAUGUGAGUUAUCAUUUGCUGUAAUUAUUAUUUUUAAACCAGUAAAGCGUGCUAACAUAGCUAUGUGUUAUUAAAAAAACAAAAGUUGGGAUUUUAACAGGAAAAGACAGCGGAAGUGUCUCAUUGGGCAGGCUGAAUUAAAGUUGAUCUUUGACUUUAUACAGCAGCGGUUCUCAGCUGGUUGUCAACUUUUAAAUUAGAAAUUGUAUCCAUAUCCCCAAAAAUUUCCAGCACACACGUUUUUAAUAAAAGAUGUUGCAGUAUAGACCUUAAAUGGGACGAAACAUAUUGAACAAAGGGACAAAAAUAGGGCCGUCCUAGAAUCGUUAUGAGGUUAAGAUAUACGUUAAUUCUAAAGAAGGAUGUUGACAUCUUUUAAUAUUAAAAUGUCAGAAAUUUGCAAGCAACCAGAUUCAAAGUUCUGGGUUUCUCAAGUUGUAAAUUCAUAAGAAAAUCUUUUUUUUUUUAUUUUAAAGCAUCAUAAAUGUACAAGAAAAAAAGAAAUCUUUGAGUUUUAUGUGGCAGAAAUGUAUAAGAACAAACAUCUACAAAUUUUUAGGCAAUUAUUUAUUUUUUUUUUUUUUACUUGAUAAGGCUGUUUUACUUACACAAGUACCACAGCAGAGCGCCCAAUUGAAUUAUACUUUUUCCAGGGACUAAACAACAAAGAAAUACUUGAGUUUUAGUCCAGAAUCAUCAAAUUAUCAUAAGCAUCCAGAGACAUUGUUGUAAACUGGGGCAGUUAAGAAGAAAACAACCACCUGACAGCAUCCAGGACAGACUUCUGAUUCAACCAGUGUUUGGAGUUUUAUUUCUCAUAAAUUCUAGACUGUACAAUGUUGUGAUUUUUCUUCCUUUAUAAACUUUAAAUUUUUAAGUUUAUAAAGUCAGGAUCUAUACCUUUUGAACUAAAAAGAAUUAUUUUUUCUUGUAAGUUUAUGAUGUAGUAAAAUCUAAAGUUUUUAUGUUUUUAGAGUGGCUGUAGUCCACCUUCAUACUGGGAGAACAUGCAUGCAGUUAUUUUGCUUUACUUUAUUUCUUGAGUCAAUAUUUACAUUUUAGUUGCUUUCUAGAAAUCUUGAGAAAUUGCUACAUUAUCAUUUAAACAAAGCAGCUUUAUUGUCCUAAGAUGGUGAAAGUAAAUAAGCCAUGAUUUUGUUUAAAUAACCAAAACUGACUUGCUGGGAUGAAUGCCCCAUAAAUCAGAGAUUUUCCCAUUUGUGACCCACCCACCAGUUGAGAACCACUGUUACAGAUAUAAACUAGGCUCAGCUUUCUUUGAGGAUGCUUGUUAAAAGCUGUUGAAUGAACGUUGUCCCUCCUCACAGAUGAUCUAAAACCAUCAAACCAAGAACUCCCAAAGUUUUCAGUCCCUCCUGAUCGUUCUGAACAUUUCUUAAAAACAUGACAGGUGUUGCAUUAAUGAGCCAAAUUUUUUAUUGACAGUAUGAAUUGUGAUAAAAUAACUUACCUACCUGCCUUUUUAAAACGAUUUUCAUAUUUAAUGUACUGUAGAGCUGGCAUCAUCUUUGUAAAUUAUGCACAUUUUUUGCAAACAAUAAAAGAAGUUCUGCAAAAACA